AUGUCAACUCGAGCUUCGGCCAAGGUGCUGUCGGAUUCGCCGCGCUCAUCACCGCCCCCUAUCGGGCCUUCGUCCGAGGCGAACGGUACCGCACACAAGACGGUGACGCGCCGACGCUCCUCUUCGCUGCAAAAGGGCCAAGCUGUGCUGCGUGCAUUGUCCAGAGCUGAAUCGGACUAUGACCGAGACGAGCUAGACAGGAGCUCGGCUUUGCAGACGCAGAGUUCUUCAACUGCAGCGUCCGCCAUCGCCGAGGAAUCCGCAUCGGGCGCCAACCUCAACGGAUCCGUCGUCGGCGAUACCGCUGUUCGCCGUCGUUCAAAAGCUACAAAGACAUCAUCCUCACCCAAAUCAGCGCGUCCCAACGCCAAUGGACACGUGGCUCCUGCAAGCAGCAAGAGCUGGGAGAUCCCUCGCAAGAUCUUCCACAGCUCUAUGGGUCUUCUCGUCCUCCAACUUUACUUCUCCGACCAGGACUACACCACCGUCGUCCGCAGACUUUCCAUCUUCCUCGGCAUCGUCGUUACAGCCGACGUCGUUCGCCUCAACAAUGCCAGAUUCGAAAAGAUCUACGAGCGCGUGCUGGGUUUCCUGAUGCGCGAAUCCGAAAAGGACAAGGUCAACGGCGUCGUGUGGUACCUGAUCGGUGUCAUCACCUCGUUGCACUUCUUCCCGGAGGACAUUGCGUGCGUUUCGGUCAUGAUCCUCUCGUGGUGCGAUACAGCCGCCUCGACGUUUGGAAGGCUGUUUGGACGAUACACGCCUGCGCUGCCUAGUCCGCCAUUUGCAAGACGCAAGUCGACGGCUGGAUUCAUCGCUGCCAUCGUCAGCGGUGCAUUGACCUCGUACCUGUUCUGGGGCACCUCGAUCGCUUCUAGCAAUGUGCGACCCAACGGUAUCUCGUGGUCCGGCUCUGGUUACGCGCACCCGGCCAUCUUUGGCACGGAUCGCGUCGCCGGUGCCACAGGUACCGGAUGGCAAGGCCUUUCCAUCGGCUUGCGAGGCCAGAGCGGUACCGGUCUUCUUCCGGGCGCCUCAGGCUUGUCGGCACAAUACCUGGGUGCCGACAGCAUCGCCAAGGGAAAGCUCGGAACCGACGCGCUGCCCAUCCACAAGGAUGUCCCCGGUAUGCCAAUCUGGCUGCUCACGAUAGGUUCGGGUGUCGUGGCUGCCGUAGCAGAGGGUCUCGAGCUAGGCGGUGUCGACGACAACCUUUCGUUGCCCAUCCUCUCGGCCACGGGUAUCUGGGCCAUGUUUUACUCGUGGGGAAGGCUGGCCGGUGCUUGGCAGAGGUGGUUCGCAUAG